UCUCGGCCCUGCAUUUUUUCGGUGGCGAGCAAGAGCGCGGGCGGAGGGAGGGCGCUGCGUCGCGGCCAGGGCUCGAUCGAUCGGCGCGGAGCAUCAGGUGAUAUUUUUCGCGAGAGAUUAGAUGGGGUCUCUAGAUGUUGCGAGGGCGGAGGUGGCCUUCUUGGUCAUGUACCUCAACAAGGCUGAGAGCAGGGAUAAAAUUUGCCGAGCGAUCCAGUAUGGAGCAAAAUUUCUCAGCAAUGGUGAGCCAGGUCCGGCGUCUCAAGUCGACAAGUCAACUAGCUUGGCAAGGAAAGUGUUUCGCCUCCUCAAGUACUUGAACGAGCUGCAUGGUCUCAUUGUUCCAGCUCCCAAAUCGACGCCUCUCCCAAUUGUUCUCCUUGGAAAGGCUAAAAACGCUUUGGUUGGAACGUUUUUGUUCUUGGAUCAACUCGUCUGGGCUGGACGAACCGGCAUCUAUCAGAACAAGGAGCGCCUGGAGCUCAUCUCAAGGAUAUCGUUGUACUGCUGGAUGACUGGAUCGUUUUGCACCUCAUUGGCUGAGGUGUCUGAGCUCGGCCGCCUUGCGGCUUCCAGGAGAAAGCUUGAGAGGGAGAUUCGGCGAUUAAAACAGCAAGGCAACCCGGAGAACGCGCACCUGAAAGAACAAAAACUCGUCUCUGUGAAACAAUCUCACGAGAGAACCUUGAGCCUUGUCAAGGCUUCUCUGGAUAUAGUUGUCGCGGUUGGACUUCUUCAGCUUGCUCCAAAAACCGUGACGCCUCGUGUGACUGGAGCUCUGGGUUUUAUCACCUCAUUGAUUUCCUGCUACCAGUUGCUUCCGCCUCCACCGGCCUCGAAGCCCAAGAGUUCGUGAAAGUGAGCGCCGUGAAGAAUCAAAAGGGAAAUAAUAAGAACCAUAUGAACAGGAGUAGUUCCAUGUACCAUUUCCGUUAAUCACGCCGAAUUCUUAUCUGUCGAGGUAACUAAAGGUGAGACCAAGAAAUAGUAAUUGCAAGGACUGCUCGAGGCAGACUAGGCGUGUUAAAAGUUUUCCAAAGUGGACUACAUGCAGCUCUUCGUUCCAA